GCACUGUAAUCGAUAGACGAUACUUUUGCAUGCCGUGGUCGUCAGCGUGUUGUCAUAUGGUUUUUCAAAAAUAAAUUGCAAAACUCUUGAUUGUGCUUUUCGCAAAUAUUAGAACGCAACUAUCGCACAGUUUAUUGUAACGCAAUGCCCAAGGAGCAGUUUCGCGCCUCGGCGCUUAACAAGAAAAUCUCACAUGUGCAGUUUGGCGUUAGCGGCGCAGACGAAAUCCAACAAGAGUCUCUGGUGCGCAUUAUCUCAAAGAAUCUGUAUCAGGCCCAACGCCAGCCGGUUCCCUAUGGCGUCCUCGAUCGUCGCAUGGGCAUCAGUACCAAGGAUGCGCUCUGCGACACCUGCGGCCAAGGCUUGAACGAAUGCAUUGGACACUUUGGGUAUUUGGAUUUGGCGCUGCCCGUGUUUCACAUUGGACACUUUCGUUCCACGAUCAACAUACUGCAAAUGAUCUGCAAGACAUGCGCACGCGUCAUGCUCAAGGCCGAGGAUCGUGCGGUGUUCGAGAAGAAGCUGCACAAUCCGAAUUUCUCGUAUUUGGGCAAAAAGGCGCUGCACUCGCAGAUGCUCACCAAGGCCAAGAAGGUGACCAAAUGUCCGCACUGUGCGGCAGCCAAUGGUGGCGUCAAAAAGGGCCCAGGAUUGCUGAAGAUCCUCCACGAUCCGUACAAGGGUCGCAAAAAGGAUGCCACGUUCACCACCCUGAUGGAGGAAAUGCUGCGCUCCACGGAACUGAAUCGUGAUCUCAAUCUAACGCUGAGCAGUUACAGCGCCGCCGAAGAGCUAACGCCGCUCAUGGUGCUCGAUCUAUUUGAGCAGAUCCCACAAAGCGAUGUGGCGCUGUUGGGCAUGUGUUCACGUGGAGCGCAUCCCAAGCAUUUGAUUGUGACGCGCGUGUUUGUGCCGCCCGCCUGUAUCCGCCCCUCGGUGCUGUCCGAGGUGAAGGCGGGCACAACGGAGGAUGAUUUGACGAUGAAACAAAGUGAAAUACUGCUGAUCAACGAUGUGAUACAACGGCAUAUGGCAACGGGUGGCAAAAUCGAAUUGAUACACGAGGAUUGGGACUUUCUGCAGCUGCAUGUGGCGCUCUAUUUUCACAGCGAAAUCAGUGGCAUCCCAUUGAAUAUGGCACCCAAGAAGACAACACGUGGCAUUGUGCAGCGACUGAAGGGCAAACAGGGACGUUUCCGUGGCAAUCUGUCCGGCAAACGUGUCGAUUUCAGUGGACGAACUGUCAUCUCGCCCGAUCCCAAUUUGAUGAUCAAUCAGGUGGGCGUGCCGGAGCGUGUGGCCAAGAUACUCACCUAUCCGGAGCGUGUGAAUCCCGCCAACAUCAGGCAAAUGAAGCAGCUGGUGCGCAAUGGACCCGCAAAGCAUCCGGGCGCCAAUUAUGUCCAGCAACGUGGCUCCAGUUUCAAAAAGUAUCUGGCCUACGGCAAUCGCGAGAAAGUUGCCCAGGAGCUGAAGUGCGGCGACAUUGUGGAGCGGCAUUUGCGGGACGAGGACAUUGUGCUCUUCAAUCGACAGCCAUCGCUGCACAAGAUGUCCAUCAUGUGUCAUCGGGCCAAAGUGCAGCCACAGCGUACGUUCCGGUUUAAUGAAUGCGCCUGUACGCCGUACAAUGCGGAUUUCGAUGGUGACGAAAUGAAUUUGCAUUUGCCACAAACGGAGGAGGCGCGUGCCGAGGCCUUGAUCCUGAUGGGCAAUCAAUCGAAUCUGGUGACACCGAAGAAUGGUGAAAUACUCAUUGCUGCCACACAGGAUUUCAUCACUGGGGGAUAUUUGUUGACCCAAAAGGAGGUGUUCCUCACCAAAGAGGAGGCCAUGCAGUUGGCCGCCUGCUUUCUGGCCAACGAGGACUCGACGAUGCGCAUUCAAAUGCCGCCGCCAGCGAUUUGGAAGCCGCGUCGCUUGUGGACGGGCAAACAGAUGUUUAAUCUGCUCAUGCGACCCAACAGCGAUUCCCAGGUGCGUCUUAACAUGGUCAACAAGGGACGCAACUACACCGGCAACCUGGAUCUGUGUGUCAACGAUUCCUGGAUUCACAUACGCAACUCGGAGUUAAUGUGCGGCACCAUGGACAAGGCGACGAUGGGAUCGGGCACCAAACAGUGCAUCUUCUAUCUGCUGCUGCGCGACUUUGGCGAAGCCUUUGCCACCAAGGCCAUGUGGCGCUUGGCACGGAUUGCCUCGUUCUUCAUACAGAAUCGUGGCUUCUCCUUUGGCAUCAGCGAUGUGACACCGAGUGCCAAGCUGCUGCAUCACAAGCGCAUCCUGUUGGAUCGAGGCUAUGCCAAGUGCAACGACUACAUCGACAAAUUGAAGGCAGGCACACUUCAGUGUCAACCCGGAUGCACACCCGAAGAGACCCUCGAGGCUGUCAUGCUGCGUGAAUUGUCCGGCAUUCGUGAGCAGGCGGCAAAGACGUGUUUCGCCGAACUGCAUCCGACGAACAGCGCCUUGAUUAUGGCCCUCAGCGGUUCGAAGGGUUCGAACAUCAACAUCUCGCAGAUGAUCGCGUGUGUGGGCCAACAGGCCAUCAGUGGCAAGCGAGUGCCCAACGGGUUCGAGAAUCGCGCUCUACCUCAUUUCGAUCGUCACUCCGCCAUUCCUGCUGCGCGUGGUUUCGUCGAGAACAGCUUCUACUCAGGUUUGACGCCAACUGAGUUCUUCUUUCACACGAUGGCCGGACGAGAGGGUCUCGUCGAUACGGCAGUAAAGACCGCCGAGACGGGCUAUCUGCAGCGUCGUCUGGUUAAGUGCCUGGAGGAUUUGGUGGUGCACUACGAUGGCACAGUGCGCAACGCAAUCAACGAAAUGGUCGAUACCAUUUAUGGUGGCGAUGGUCUCGAUCCCGUGUCGAUGGAGACGCGCAACAAACCCGUCGAUCUGAGCCAUCAAUACGACAAUCUGCGAGCGCAGCUGCCGCGCGGCGAGCAGCCAGCACUGCAAGCGGAAGAGAUACUCGAAAAAGCGGAAGCGAUGUUCAAGCUGGAGGAGUUUAGCGAAGCGCGCAGCGACUUUAAGCUGGAUGUAACCAAUCAUUUGAAGACGGUGGCCAAGCGCAUUGGACAGCUGCAGCAACGCUACAUCGAUCACAAGGAGUUGAGCCAACAGAUCGAAUGCCUCAGUGCCGAGCAACUGCUCGAGUUUUUGCGUCGCAUCAACGAUCGCUACAAUCGCGCUGUCAGCGAACCAGGCACCGCUGUCGGUGCCAUUGCGGCGCAGAGUAUCGGCGAGCCGGGAACACAGAUGACACUGAAAACUUUCCAUUUCGCUGGCGUUGCAUCGAUGAACAUCACCCAGGGCGUGCCACGUAUUGUGGAGAUUAUCAAUGCUACGAAAAACAUUUCGACACCGAUUAUUACCGCUGAACUGAAGAACAAUACGAGCAUGGAGUUCGCUCGCCAGGUGAAGGCGCGCAUCGAGAAGACAACACUCGGUGAGCUCUCAUCGUAUGUGGAGAUUGUUUGCGCCCCAUCCAGUUGCCAUCUGGUGAUUGGCAUCGAUAUGGCGCGCAUUAAGGUGCUGGGAUUGCACAUUGAUCUCGACACGAUUGUGAUGAGCAUAUUGAAGUCACGGCUACGCAUCAAGAUCGGACAGGUGCACACGGUGCCAAAGAAAUCGCGCAUCAUCGUCUGCGUUGAGACCACUCGGAAUGCGACUAUUAAUGCGGAACUCGCUCGCCUUGCGACCACCAUACAGAAUGUCGUUGUCGCUGGGCUGCCGAAUAUCGCCCGCGCUGUGAUCGCUGUCGACGAUGCUCAUCAGCCGCCCACCUAUAAGCUGUGCAUCGAGGGCUACGGACUGCGCGAAGUGAUUGCCACGCAUGGCGUUGUUGGCGAACGAACGCGCAGCAAUAACAUUUGUGAGAUUUAUCAGACGCUCGGCAUUGAAGCAGCGCGCACCAUCAUCAUGGGUGAGAUUACCGAUGUGAUGGAGGGUCACGGCAUGAGCGUCGAUUGGCGGCACAUUAUGCUCCUCGCCAGCCAGAUGACAGCGCGUGGCGAGGUGCUCGGCAUCACGCGACACGGUCUGGCCAAGAUGCGGGAGAGCGUCUUCAAUUUGGCAUCGUUCGAGAAGACCGCAGAUCAUCUGUUCGAUGCCGCGUACUAUGGACAAACGGAUGCCAUCAAUGGCGUCUCAGAGCGCAUCAUCUUGGGCAUGCCGGCGGGAAUUGGAACGGGCAUCUUUAAGCUGCUGCAGUAUCAUGCUGAUAAGGAGGUGCCGCCUACCGAGCCGACAAUCUUCAAUGUGAUGGGACUGCAGCCGGUUGCCUAGCGCAAUUUGCAGCAAAUGAAACGUCACAGCUACAAACACCCGCCCGCCCUCUCAGCUCCUGUGAAAUGCCGUAAACCGUAGUCGAUUAAGUCGUUAAGUUAGUUAGCUACUAGUUAAUAAAUAUGCAACUAGACAUUUGAUAAAGCUGGUGCCUUGCUGGCUGCAAGGACUUAACAGAGUUAAGCUGCCGCAUGAGUUAAAUAAUUUAUGUCAAAAAGGGGAACUGCUGGAUGUGCCUGUCAUAUUUAUUUUACUUCUAACGAGUUCUUUCAUUACAAUUUUUAUUUUUACUAUAUUAUACCUUUAAAUUUGCGCUAUUAUCCUUGCUGGUUUAUAAUAAUUUAUGUAAAAUGAUAUUAGCUGGUAUUGCAGCAGUGAAAGUGCCUGUCAUAUUCUUUAUAGUUCUUUCGCUCUUUUUGGUCAUUUCUAUUAUACCUUUAAUUUUGUGAAUUUUUCUAUUAUCCUUGCUGGUUUCGUGCACCAAAGCCAAUGUCCUGCUUGACUAUAUAUGUAUCUUUAUGCUGAAUCCUCAGUAAAUUCACAACAAUUUGUAAGGACUUUCAUGAAUUCUACUUGCAAGAAUAACUUAACAAUGGCUACCACUCGGCAGUAUCCUGGCGAAUUUGGUCCUUUCACUCAAAAUAGUUACUUUCAUUAAGUUCUGUUCACUGCUCAGAGGAUAUACCUUUCAAAUUUCAUUAUCCUUGCUGAUAUCCUGUACCAAAGCCAAUGUCCUUGAGCGCCAGUAAAAAAUGCAGCUGCUUGUCUAUAUCCUUAAACUGAAUACUCACGAAAUUCACAAUAAUUCGUGAGGAUUUUCAUUGAUUUUUAUUUGCAAGGAUAUCUUCAUAAUAGCAUAACUCGGCAGUAUCCUGCGGGAUUUCAAAAUGUCAUACCAUUUCGUAAUCUACAUCAUUCUGGCUAUCGAUUUGCAUUCAAAAAUUUCCGCAAUGCAACAAAAAAAUUCCUCAAAUUUUUCAAGGGGAGGCAUGCAAAUUUUGGUUAAAAAUCACAAAAUCGCCUGUAACUCGGCCAUUCUAAGAACGAUUUCGAUGUCCUUUGGCAGAAUGUUAGCUGACAGGAUAAGCUUCCAGAAACUGUGCCUAGAUCCUUGAAAGUCCUGCAAACCUGCGAGUUAGAAGGACUUUUUCGUUUUAAAAAAUCUCGUCAUAACUCGAAGGUCCUUGACAGGACAUGGCUGACAUGAGUGUCAAACGAUAGGUAAUCCUUAGCACUAUCGACUGGCCAAAGGACAUUUAAAUCGUCCUGCUACUUUCCGAGUUAUUCAGGAUUUUAUGUUUUUGGAUCAUUUUCAGAGCAAAAAUUUUCUCUUCGAAAAUUUUUUUUUUCUAAUUUGAAUAACGAAUGAAAACACCCUGUAAAUGAAAUAAACUGUUGUAGCUUUUGAUUCACUUAGUUAUUUAUUACAUAAAUAUAUAGAGUAUAGUAUAUGUAGUUGUAGUUGUAGCGAUAGUUGUGUAUAUAUAUAUAUAUAUAGAGUAUAGUAAUUAUAUAGGGUAUCUUUGCUUCGCAUAUAUAUGUGUGUGUGUGAUUUAAUUAACAUACAGAAAUUUACAAAUUCAUAAUCCAUAAUUUAUAAUUAAUAAUAUUUAGAUUGUUACAAACUAAUAAAAAAAAAUUCAACUAAAAACAAAGAAAUUCGUUCAAUAUUUUUUCCACUCAAUUUUUAGCUAACCUAUAGAUAUAUAGAGAUAAAGUUUUCGACUUAGAUAAUAUAGCGAAAAAAAAAAACAGAAAAAAAAUUAAAACUUAAAUAUGCAUAUCACAGGAUUAUUAUUUAUACAAAUGAAAUUGUUGUUGCUCGUUAUUGAAAUUAAAAUGAAAAAGAAAAAAAAAGGGAGGGAAAAACUUUAAUUUCA